AUGACGUCAUCAAGCGGCUCGUCCUCAGAACCGCCAAAAGAGAUGAGGUCGCUCGCAUCUGCCGAGGGACGCAGCUCAGGGCGGGAGCACAGGACGGGGGACUGCUCUCUCGGGGGAGAGGGUGAGCAUUGUUUCAAGUCCUGCCCUCUGUUCCGUUUCUCCUCCUCUCUGCUUGGAAAGAGGGGGAGAGAGACACAACUCUACAGCUACGACAGGAAACGGAAGAGACAAACAGACAGAAGUUAUUUCAAAACCCCCGGGGCUGAGCGGAAGAUUCACUCUGUGUGCAUUUGCAGGGCUAUCCUCCUCCAAAACUCUUAUCAGCUGCUCCUUACCUCUCCUGUUGGCUCUUUCUUCCCUUUGUUUCUCUGUUUGUGGCAAACAGCCCCCACCCUGAACACCAGGAGAAGAUCUCUUCAACAAAAAGAGGAGAUGCCCCCUCAGCCACAGGUGAAGAGAAGUUUCCUGGAAUUCCUCAAGAACUUUGUCAGGAUUGUACGGGUCCUCCAGAUUCUGCUGGGAGCCGGGCUUUGGGUCACCAUCGCAGCCAACAAGUAUGAGGGCUCCAUUCACUAUGUGCUUUUCGUGGCUGUGCUUUUCUGGCUCCUCACGUUAGCUAUCUUCAUCAUCACUCUUCUGGACAAGCAGGACCUCGUUCCCAUCGUCGGAGGAGAACGCUGGUUGUUAAGCAACGUGAUCCACGACAUUGCCGCCACUCUGCUGUAUCUGUCCGCGAUUGGGAUCAUGAUCUACAAGACGGAAAAGAACUCCUACUGCAACCUGGACCUCUACAAACAUCAAUGCUUGUACAAGGUCUACCUCACUGCCUCCGUCUUUGCCUGCCUCACAGCCAGCGUCUAUCUGCUCUCCGCCAUCUACGGCAGCUGCAGGAAAUGUCGAGGUGAGCGGACGGUCGUGUGAAAAACGACUACAUCCCUCAAACCCUGCCACUUUGAGACCUUUCGGCAAGCUUUUUGGAGACUUAUAAAUCUUUUUUAAUCACAGCAGAGGGUUUGAUCCUCUUGUCUCAGGCUUUCAGGUUUGUUUGUUGCUUUUUAUACAGUAAUUUAUAGAGCUUUUGUACUGCAGUCACACAUAAAAGUCUAUUUUACACUUGUGUUGUUUAUAUGUUGCUGGAGCUCUAUAUGUUUAAGUAUUUUUAUUUUUUGUAUUGUAUAACUGACAACUCAAAGAGCAGUUUGUUGCUUGAUGAAACAAUAUUCACAAUGUGUAACAUCACAUUUUGUUCUUUUAACCUUUUGAUAUGACAUUGAGCGAUUAAACAAGGAUCUGCUUUCAUGUCA